UUAACUCAUAAAUACGUGGACAACAAAAUGGCGGCUGGAUGAAGAUUGUCCAGUCGCUCAACCACGCACAAGAUCAACCUUACUCUAGCUUCUAAAACGACUUUAUCAUGGCUCCACAUCGUCCAACACUGUUCAAUCUAAUGAACAGUAUUAUUGGAGUUAGUGUUUUAUCUAUUCCUUACUGUUUUCAUCAAUGUGGUAUUUUGCUUGGCCCCUUGGCCAUGAUAACAAUGGGUUAUUUCACCAGGAAAACAUGUUAUUUUCUACUUAUAUCUAGUCAGUUAGGGCGAAGAAGGAGCUACGAGUCUUUAGCUCAAUUCACUUAUGGUAAUGCUGGAAAAUUUGCAGUAGAAGCAUGUAUUAUUGGUGUAAUGGCAGGCACAUUAUGUGCAUUUCACGUCAUUAUAGGUGAUCUUGCACCCGAUUUAUUUAGCCAUCUAUUUGGCAUACAGCAAACCCCAACAUUAAGAGCAUUAUUGAUGAUAGUAUUGGCAUUAUGUAUUGGGCUGCCACUGUCCUUAAUGAGGGAUAUUUCUAGUUUAUCCUCCAUCAGUGCUACAUCGUUAGGAUUUUAUGCAACCUUUGUACUUUAUGUAAUGUUUAGUUCUCUGCCACAUCUACUGGAAGGUACUUGGACAAAACAUUUGAACUUCUGGAGGCCAGCAGGACUUCUACAGUGUUUACCCAUAUUUUCGUUAGCUUUUUCUUGUCAAACGCAGCUGUUUGGGCUUUAUGAUUCCUUGCCAGAACCUUCAGUCAAGAAGAUGGAAAAUGUUGUGUCUGUUGGUAUUAAAAUCAUCUCCUGUGUCUAUCUUUGUGUUGGAUUAUUUGGAUAUGUGACGUUCUAUGAUGUAGGGGUCCAGGGAGAUAUUCUUACAAACUAUGGAAGUGGUUCGCUAGGAAAAUUUUUAAAGAUGGGCUUUGUGAUGUCAGUCCUUGUUAGCAUUCCUCUUAUGGUAUUUCCAAUGAGAGCUAGUAUCAACUCCUUACUCUUCCGAUCUCAGACGGCUGGUACAGAGAACAUGCCAGGCGGUCCUGGUUACAUGCCGCAAAACAGAUUUGUUAUCAUAACAGUAGUUGUUAUAUGUGCUACCCUCAAUGUCGGUAUCUUCAUUCCUCAGAUCGAGUUCGUUCUUGGCAUCACAGGCGCGACCAUUGGUACUCUUAUCAUCCUAGUAUUACCUGCUUCUAUGUACCUUAACGCCAUCCAGGACACCCAGGGCGAACAGAAAAACAUGGCAAAAUUCACGAUAGUGUUUGGUCUUAUUUGUCUUGUCGCUAGUACCUAUUCUGUUCUAUCAGUCAACAAUCACAGCCAUCAUGAGUCAUCUCACCCCCUUCCUUCCACCAUCAAACCCGCCAUUCUCGUGAAUACCCUGCCAAACACUAGUGACCCUGUAGUUGGACCAAUACAAGCCGUUAAAGCCAAUGGCGUAAAGGCUGAUGUAGGAUUGAGGAACAAAGAGGUAAAAGAAGCAAACCCAACGCAGAAACCGGCUGAAAGUAAAACGGAAAAACCUAGCGAAGGAAAGAGAAAAAUCGAAGAAAUUCGCGAGAAAGCCGCUCAGAGAAAAGAGCCGGCGCUACCUCAUCCUCCAGCUGACAAACCCGCUGAAGGACCAAUCAAGAAGAAUGAAAAGGAAGCUGAUCCAGUGAAUGAAAAGCGACAGCUAAUGAGCACUGAUGAUGCCAAUCAAUCACCCGCUGAUACCCAAGAGGACAAGGAUCUCAGCUCCAAACUUGACGUUCCACAAAAAUCUGCAUUGAAGGCGCCUAUUUCAAAAACUGAAUCAACGAACCAAGAUAUCGAAAAGAAGAUUAAGAAUUUACGAGAAAAAAAAGCACAAGUUGAGUCCGAUCUCAAGAGCUUACAAGAGUUGAAGAAGCCUGAAAACAGGGAAAGAAGAGACCUUGAGAAAAAACGGGACGGGAAAGAAGAGAGUACGGUUGUCGAUCCAACCGAUAAAGAGAUACCUGCACAUACCGUACCGCCAAAUGAUACAAAUAUCCGUAUUGUUGGACCAAAUUCGUCAUCUAUGCCUUUGUUAAAUCCAACAACGAUAGGUAAAACACCAGCCGAGGUAACCAAUCCAGCCAUUGUCGCAAAUGUCUCGGGAGAGGUAGCGAAGGGCAGGGAAUUGAAGUCUAAUGGCGUCGUUGGUAGGACGUUAAAAUCAGAGGACAAGCUAGUGAAUAACAAUGACAGUAAAGUGGGGAAUACUGGUGGAUACAGAAACCUGUGGGGAACUAGACUGGCUAGAAGGGCUAACAGACUCAGGAAGACUGGUUUUAGUUAACCAAUGGCUGGGCUCGUACUACAAGUAAUCGCGGUGGUAGCCAAAGUUUUCCCGUGUUUCAGGUUUUUUUACUCAUAUUCACGAAGCAUAAAAACUUUAUUCUCUAUUUAUAUUUACAAAAUCACCCAGCAUGCCUUGUGCUUCCAGUACUGACUGCGACCGAGAAAGACUAGAAGCUUGCCAGUAAAGUAAUGCUAAAAUAUGAAAAAGAAUAACUAUAAAAGAUUGGCGAGAAGAAACCUUUUAACGACUCUGGCAUGAUGAAUGAAUAUAAAAGAUAGCAGAUAACGAAGAUAAUAAAAGAUUCGUUUUAAGACGUCUGUUUAAAAAAAAAACUACCCACAAUCCCUAGUGAUCCUCCACAGCCGCCAUCAUGGUCUUAGCGAGAGACCUCGGUUCUGUUGAUUUUCCUGGUUAAUCACUUCUAUGAAAAAAAUAUUGAAGCUCAUUGACUGUAAGCAGUGCAGUCCAACUGUAAUGCCAGUUCAGAAAUUUGAAAUACCUGUGUAAAAAAGGGGUAUUUUACGCUUUUGAUUGGCUAGGAAAUAGGGAUAUAAAUUGUAGUAGUUGAGCCAAAGCACCAGAUUAGCCUUUCUUCUCUACAAAUUCAAGAUGGCGGUGUUGUUUUUCCCUUUUUUCGGGUGUUUUCAAAGAGCUCAAUUUUGAUACUCUUGGAAGACACACUCGAGCUCGUGCAAAUUAAUUCUAAAUUUAUAAUUUGGAACUGUGUGAUAACCUAUACUAAUGGCAGCUCUCCAUAUGUUUAGAGCAUUGUCUAAACACAAAUCUUGCUUGCUCUGAUUAUAUUGAUCGAAUAAAAGUUUCCCCGAUUGAGAUACGAA